UGUAAAACUAAACCAUAAAUAAAUGGACAAAAAAAAACCCUGUGAAAGCAGAGGAGUGUGGGUUUGAGGGAGGGACCACAACAAGAAGCGAAAGUUAGAAGUUCCUGGUUUGCAAACAGAGAAGAAAGAGAAGCAGCAUUAAGCAUUACACCGUCAGAACCUCGAGAUGAAACUCUGUCACAUUUUCUUCUGCUUCAGCUUCCUCUACCUGCAGGAUGGAAACACUGGACUUGCCAACGCUGAAACUCUCGUCUAUGAAGGAGUGGAAGGAGGAAACAUCACAGUUGAAUGUAAAUUUGUGAUCCCUGGAAGUAAGACAUUGUUCUGCAAAGACAAAUGUGAAAAAGGAAACGUUCUCAUUGAAACAGCUGGUUACACAGCUCAGAGCGGCAGAUACAGCAUUAAAUAUGAAAAAAAUUAUUUCUCAAAGGAUAUUGUGUAUGUGAGCAUCACACAGCUGAACAAGUCAGAUUCAGGAUUGUACAGGAGCACACUGACCACAAGUAUGGAUCCAUGUGAUUUUCAGCUUGUCAUCACAGGAGCUUCAAACAUUUCAACACCAAAUCAGCCUUUUUCAGUAUCAACAUUUCUCCUGUCGGCCUCCACAACAACAACAACACAGCAUUUGAACUUCAGUUCAAGAAGCUUCACACCAUCAUCAGCCUCCUCUGAAGUCUCCAGACAGCCUCAAACCGCUGCAGGUUCAGAUAAGCUGCUUCAUGUGAUUCUGAUUCUGGUCGCUAUGAUCACCAUCUUAUCAGCAGCUUUGCUGAUUUUCUACAAGCACAGGAAGAAUAAACCAAAAGGACCUCCUGUGAAAACUGAACAUGCUGACAUCACACAGGCCAACGGGGUUUAUGGAAACAUCACAGAGGAUGAAACUCAGAACAGUGUAACUCCUGUACGGGUGUUUUCAGUUUAUGACUACCCCGAAGGCUCGCAACCAGAUGGAGUUGAAAACCAAGAGCAUUACAGCCUCGUCACCGCUCCUCAGAACACGGCUACAGAUGACAUGAAUGAUGCUGAUUACACUGAAGUGGAUUUUUCCCACAUUCCUUCCUCCAACAGCGCCCCCUGUGGUAAUAUAUGUGAUACUGUCUACUGUAUACCUGAGGUUUAUGCCAAUCACACCAACGUUGGUUCACCUCCUCUGUACUCUACUGUAGAAAUACAUUAGUUCUAAUGCUGUGGAUGGCACCUCAGUAGUCAGCAGGUGAACAUAAUUAGCCUUGGAUAAAUGCUAUUUUUUUAUGAUAGUUACUCAUAGUUUAGCUUUAAAAAUAACUAUUUUGCUUUUUUUUCAAACUGUAGUAUUUCAUAAUUAUGUUAUUGUCAUAAUUCAUAGACAAUUACAUAAAAUCAUAAUGAAAUAAACUGCAGCAUCCCAUAACUGUCUAACUGUCUGUUGGAUGGUUAGGCAUUGCAUUUAGCCUUUUAGUUUUCAGCAGCCUGUUUGGAGCAGCUGUGCAGAGUGAUAGAUUGACCAGCAAGCAGGCUGUUCAUGGAGGGAAGCUGCUAAAUUUAGUUAGCAACCAACCAGGUGGCGAAUUUCACAUGUAAUUUUAACUGGUUAGAUUUUAACCUAACCAAGUAGUCCUAUUUUUCUGAAAGCAAACAAAACUAAAACUGACAACUGAAAUAAUAUGAAAGAUUUCAGCACUUUGGCCGACACUUGAUGUCUUUUAAAUGUGCUAUACAAAUAAAGCUGACUUGACUUGACUUGAAAACAAAUUAUUAAGCUUUGGAAAGCUUGAAAAGUUCUAAAGAUGCUUACUAAUAGCAUUAAUCUCACUGCAAAGUGAAUUUCUUUACCAGCAUAGCUAACUAGUGCUAGCUAGCAUUAGCCAGUAGGCUACCAUUCCAGCCACCUUUUUGUUCAAAUAUGGCCACUUGUGUUUACCAAAAAUAGAAUAAUGCAUUAUUAAAGACCUCAAAAAGCUGGUCCAAGUUUCACAGUGGUUAUGUCCAUCUUUGAGUCCAUAACAGAGCGACAGCAGCUACAUUAAUGGAAAAUAUAACCUGUGGAAAUGAACCAGUAAAUUAUAAAUGUUUUGGUUCAACUUUUUAUUUAAAAAAUACUCUCUGUGAAGUUUUCUCUCUGUUACUCGAUAAUCCAGAAAUGUUUGCCAACAGUCUAUGUUGAGAGGGAUUUUCUAACAACUUUACUGAAUGCAGUGUGAUAUGAAACUAAGUCCAGCUCAUUUCCUCCAAUCUCUUCAGUCAAAGAUCAUUUUAUUGCAGGUUCACACAAAAAAUUGACGGAUGAAUUUAAAUGUCAUGUUAUGUGGUGUUUUUCCACAUGUAUCCCGUGUAUGGAUACAUGCCAGUGAUGGAUGUCUCUUAUAAUAGCAGCAGUAGUUCUGAGAAGAUCUCUUUGUAUCCUCCCGACCUUUAAGACCUUUAAUACAAAAUGAAAUGAGAGCUGGUUGGAAUGAAUUUCUACAAACUGUUUAAUAGAUAUUGAUCACAAAUAUAAGGUUCCAACAGUGUAACCAUAAAGCUUCUUAUUUAUGUCAUUUUACACUGAAAAUCAUGAAUGUACUGAAUUUACUAUAUUAAUUUAACAAAUGUUAAUUUGUUCACUUAAAAACUAUGUUAUUAUUAUAUGCAUUUAAGCUAUUGCAUUUACAUAUAUAUGUAUAUAUUUUUAUAUCUGUUAUUUAUGUUUCACUGUGCUCAGCAUUACAGUAUUUUUUAGGAUGCAGUAAACUGUAAAACAAUAAUACUGUUUAAAUAACUGAACUGUAAUAAAUCAACUUUGUCUUGUGAUCUGAGGUCGACAGAGAUUGAAGUCCCCCCUUUACCGCCUCUGAUGAUCAGGAAACUGUUUCCUGAUCAUAAAGCAUUUCUAUUCUUAAUCAAAGAUAAAUCAAAAUGUAAGUUUGAUCAAUACAUAAAUGAGAAAUGCAGUUUGAGUUGUAGAAAUUAGUGUUAUAAUAUCUGAGAACUGUGUCACCAACUCUUAAAAAAAGCAUUAAGUAUUGUCAUUGUUAAACACAGAAGCAUGAUUUAUAUGUGGUUUUACUGAUAUGUGGUUUUACUGAUA